GUCCCUCCAGGACACAGCCUCUCGUGACAUCACAAGCCGAAGAUAUAUUAAAUAUUAUCAUGCAAGACCUUGAAAGUGUAUCCCAGUACACUGUGGACGACGCAGACUCCUUCCCACUAGGAGAGAAAAAGCUGGAGUUCCAGCUCAAACCAAGAGUUGUCUUUGACAACUUAUUGGAUGCUGCUCAAACCAUGUACCACAGAGUAAAGGAUAGACUGAACAUAUUUUUCUCUUUUCCACCAGUGUCAGUCACCACAGCCAAAUAUGUGCUGGACUCCACCCCUGUGGAGACACUCAGACGUUCUAAGUCCGCUGACACUGCUCUUGUUGAGGACAGGAGCCGCCCUCCGUCUGUGAGAAGUGAGAAGCCUUUGUCAAAAGUCUGUUUGGCUAAAUGGUCUAAAACCCUUCUGUCUUCGAGUGGCUCUUCAACAGACCACCAUGUAAUUGACACAUGCAGUGAGGAUGUCACUCUGCCCACCAGGAGUAUGUCAGUUGUGAGCAACAACAGUUUGAAGAGAGCCUCUCCUCUCCAUGGCAGUGGAUUGAGUGAAAGUUGCAAACCUCUUGUGGCUCUAAAAGACGUAACAGUGGCAGUCAGCCAAGAAGGCUUUAGCAAAACUGCAAAGAAGACGCUCAGCUUGAUCCUAAAUGUGAUCAAGUGUAGAGUGGCCAACUCUGAGAGUUCAUCUGUUGGGCAGAUUGCAAGUGAGGAGUGUCUGAUUGCCACUAACAUGUUAGACUCUGUACUGGAGAGCCUUGACCAGUUGCCUGACAUGAGCGCUGCCGAUGAGAUCACAAGGACAGAAUCCCAUACCUCUAUCGCAAUGGAUGAGACAGGUUCACGGUCAACGCUUGUGAGCCAACAAGAAAUAAACAUAUCUGACACCAAUAUCAUAGUGAAAACUAUAAUGGACACAAUGAAGACGGACGACCCAGAGAUGACUUCAGCAGAAGAAAAUCUGGGUAGGCUCCUGUCAAUUGAAGCCCUUCAAGGUGCGUCUGGCAACCUGAUUGCAAAGGUCCAUGGUCUCAUUCAGGAGAUAACCAUAAACCGCCAGCUUCAAUCCAUGGUUGGCCACAGAAGCCUCUCUCAACCAGCGCUGCCUAAACCAGCCCUGAGGAAGCUGUCAAAGGACGAUGCCUCAGAGCUCAUUUACAACUUUGCCCAGACUUCUGUUAGGAGACUCCUGGGGCAGUGUAUGGGAAGGCCUAUGCCACCAUCGGCUGAAAUAGUUUUGGAUCAGGUCAUCAAGUUGAUGACAGACGUGGUGAUGGACAGCCUGACUUAUGUGUCCAAGUCUACAAUGGAGGAUGUUAUUGUACACAGGUCGGUCACACUAGCGUGCUCUUCUCACUCAGACACCAGCAAUGCAACAAGUGACAUCACUCAUGGUGUUGUAGCUGACCUUAAUGCUACUGAGGAAUUCCCUGCCAGGAGCCUUAGCCCGGCUGAUGUAAAGGCUGACGGCAUGGCCCGCCUUCCCUCUGCCAGAGGGGAAGAGACUAAGAAGAACAGGAAGUGCCGUUUCCUACCGAAAAUGCAUACGUUUCCAAAGAUCAUGAUUAAGCUGUUAAAGACAAAAGGGGAACCGAAGAGACACCCUGAACAGGAUGCACUGCCUACCAAACGUCUCAGAGAGACUCAUAUUUCACAGGACGCUGAGUGUGAGGUUCCAGAGGUUCCAUCUACUCCCCCUCCCAAGGAGGACCUGACAACCACACUAGCCCCUGCUCCCCAGGAGUCCCAGUCCCGUAAACGCCAUCUCAUAGUCAGGGUGUUACACGCUCUCUCCAGAGCCAUCUCCAAACCAUUCAGAGGAGCUUCUGGGAAGAAGAAUUAGCCAAAUGCCUGAUUUUAUUAAUAUGAUAUUUUAAUCAGAGCCUAUUUAAUAAAACAUUACUGCAUUGUUUUCUGUCUAUAGUAGUCUUCAUGUAUGUGCAAGAUAACGGUAAAGUACUUCAAACCACAUAGUCAAAAGUAUUCAUAGUGAUGUACCGUUUAUGAUUAUUGAUUGUGAAAAUACACAUAAUACAGAAAAGUUGUUGUCACAUAUAAAGACAGAGAUAAAGGAGAACUCCGUAGACCAGUCACAUUCUCAAGCCAUAACUAAAUCCAUGAAUGCAUCUCCUAUAAGAUGACAGGAGAACAUUUGUAACACUUUCUAUGAAGCCUAUAUCUAUAAUGCAUACACUCAAGUCAUUUACAUUUUACAUUUUAGUCAUUUAGCAGAAGCUCUUAUCCAGAGCGACUUACAGUUAGUGAGUGCAUUUUUUUUUUUAAUACU